AUGUCUUCAUCGACAUCUUCAGUUUCUCAGCCAAUAUCGGUUCCCGUCCGCGAGGUCAAGACACGACCACGGCGCUCUUCAAAGUUCAUAGAAGGAGUCGAGGUCACCCGUCCCGAGAUUUUGCAGCAAACACCAAGCUCAAAUGAAUUCCUUUUUACCAUUCUCUCCGAGAUGGACGCGCACGAACAACAACGAAAGCAUCGUCGACAGUCGCAUCGCGGGUCCAACUCGUCAUUCGAGUCAUUCGGCUCAUCUACGGCCGCCUCACCAACAACCGAUUUCAGCUUGCCAAAAGAAAAGGAAGGACGGAGAAGUUUGCAUUUUGGUCGCAUGAGUGUAGAUGGGAGGUCACGGGAUGUGACAGGCUAUACACAGGGCGAAACCGAGACUGAAACAAUUGCCAAAAAAGUAAAAGGCAGACUUCGUGCCUGGACGCUUGGAAGGGACAAAGAUGUGAAGCCCUACUCGGGCACGUGA